UUCGAAACGAACACAAAGAAUAAUGAUCCAAGAAAUAAACGUAGGUCGGUACACAUAAAAUUAUAAUUACAUAUGGAGUACCAAGUAUUGGUGAAACGGAGGGAAAUAAAAUUAACAAAGACAAUAACAUUACAUAAACGUAUAUAAUGCAAUGCUACACGUUGUUGAACACUUUUUGAACACAAAAUUCUGAGUCUUGUCUGUGGUCCCUUCAUAUUCAUCACAAAUUAAAAUUUUCAAUCCACGACGAUUGGUAACCCUUAACACCGCAGCAUGCAAUUGUCCAUGAUUGAAUACAGGUUUUUUCAACAACAAUCCUACGCAAGACAAAGAUUGGUCUUGACUUUUAUUUAUAGUCAUCAUAACAUAGGAAGUCAUAAUAGGAUAUUGUCGUCUCUGAAACCUGAAUGAUAAGUUAGCAUCAGAGGGGGUCAAGGACAAUCUUGGAAUUAGCACCUUUAGCCCGUCACUCACACCGGUUAAAAUCUUUCCCUCUAGCAUUGACGUGUAAUAUUAACUUAUACUAUGUACGGUUGAAAAAGAAAUCCCAAAUUCUUUUUAAAGAUGUCAAAAAAAAGUUAAACAUUUUAUCUUAACCUCAAAAGCACAAAAACCAUUACUUUUCGUUUGUUUUACACAAAGUAAUGGCAAAUUUUGUAAAUUCAUUUUGAACUCAAAAGUCACAAAACCCUCAAUUUUUCGUUUGUUUUACACAAAAUAAUGGCAUACGAAGUAUUUGGUAAGUCAAAAUGAAAUUCUACAUUAGGUAAAUAUGUACGCAGGUGAAAUACGAAAUUUAUUUCAGGAUGGAGGAAGGAUAUGAAGGUCACCAAUUACUGCGUAUGAUUUUAUGAAAUGAAUAUCUAUUCUAAUCUAAAAGGAAAAUAAAAGAGGGCCACAGUUCCCGCUCAAAAAGGUCGCUAUCAUUCUUUGUGGUUAAUUACUCAUUAAGGGUGAGGUUGGUUAGGUUUGAAAAUGAAGGUUUCAGCAUGGUUAUCCAGAUUCGUUGGAUUUGCUACAGAUUUUCAAAACUAUAUAAAUUUUAAAUAUUAAUUUUAAUUUGUCUCACAGUGGAGUAUGAGCUGGCGAUGUGUGGGAUGUGUGGUUAUAGGGAGUUGAGUCACUGUUUGGAUAUCUUACAGAUCUUCUGAUGGCCCAAAAAUGAUUUUUCAUUGGUCAAUUUGGGGUAAUGUGCUGGCACAAAUCUCUUUUGGAUUUCUCACGCAGCUGUUUACAUUUUUAUUGGCUGCUUUUUGGGUUAUUAACAGUGUCUGUAUUGGCACAAGUGGAAGACUUUGGGCGGGAUGCUUCCAUUGCAAUUUUGAAAUUCAAAUUAAGUCAAACAGUGUUCCCCCCAUUCCUCCAGCUAUAAAUACAGCAACAAUUUUUCUCAUUUCUCCACAUCUCUUAGCAAACAAUAUAAACAAUACAUACAAGAAUUCAUUCUUAAAGAUGGUUGGAAUGUGGUCCCUAUUUCGUGAGAUUGAUCAGACGAAAACCACAUGGGCAGUCAAGGCUAGGGCAAUAAGGGUGUAUCGUGAACCUGCUCAUGAUUGUUUUCCAGAAUCCUUGGAGGUUGUGUUCCAUGAUGAAGAGGGGUAUAGGAUGCAUGCUCAUAUUCCGGACCAGUUCGUUAGCAAGUUCAUUGGUAUCUUCAAAGAGGGACGUUUGUUUGCAGUGAAAAACUUUAUGGUGGAAGAGAACUACAUGUUCUUUAAAACCUCAACAAGUGCCUAUAGGCUUCGUUUUUUUAACAAAAGUGCUGCCUUUGAGAUCAAGGGGGUUCCAUUCCCCAUAAGAACUUACUCACUGGUGUCUUUUGCUUCAUUGCAAGCCCAGGACACCAUUGAUGAGAAAUAUGGAAUCGACAUAAUGGGUCAGGUAGUGCAUGAUAAAGACCCAAAAACCAUUUUGAAGAAUGAUAGGCCCCGAAAAUUAAUGGAGAUGGUUUUGGGAGACCCAGAAGGAAAUGUGAUUGCAUGUACUCUUUGGGGACCGAUGGUUGAGAUGCUCAUGACAUACAAACAGACAACUUCGGAUCCAAUUGUGAUGCUGCUGCAGUGUUGCAGAGCAAAGAAAUACCAAGGUCAUGUUCAUGUGUCAAACAUGUUCAACACCACCAAGGUCAUUUUAAAUGGAAGUGAUGAUGAAUUUGUGGAGUUCAAGUCAAGGAUGGCUGAAAGGUCCAGUAAUGGACUUAGGUUUUCAAUUACUACGGACAACUCAGACGAUGGUGACAUAGCAACUGGCAAGCAAGAUUUGAUUACUAUUGAUGACCUGUUGAAGCUUGAGGAGGAAGGGAAGCAUUGGGUUUACGGAGAGAUAGUGGGUAUUGACAACUACAAAGAUUGGUCCUACAUUUCAUGUAUCAGUUGUAACAGGAAGGUUUCCACUAACGGGGAUGGCUUUUGGUGUUCCUCUUGCAAUGCAAAUGACGCUGUUCUUCGGUUUAAGGUGAAUGUGAGGGUAGUUGAUUGCACAACACAUGCCUCCUUUUUGCUGUGGGAUAGGGAGGUCUCAUGCUUACUGGGAAAGUCGGCCACCUCCCUUAAGGAACAAAUAGCUAGGAGGAACUUCGGGCCGCAUUACUUCCCUUCUGAGAUAACCUCUCUCAUUGAUAUAAAGGCUUUGUUUAAGGUGCAUUUUAAAAGAGAGGGAAGGGGUUUCAAAGGAAAUCAGACUUUCAGUGUUAUAAAAAUGAACACCGACCCUAAAGUGCUGGCACUUUACUCUUCAAAGAUUAAUGCUGUUGAGGAGGAAGAUGAGUUCACUCGAUUGGCUAAUGAGUUUUCAGUUCCUCGGAAUGGGGUUCAGUCAUCACAGCAAUCUGUGUCCAGCCCGCUGCUGUCCAAGGAGAAAAGGAGUGAUUUGAAAGUGAAUACUGAGAAACUGAAACGUGACCUAUUUGGAGACUCCUCUACUUCAACAUCUGGGAAAAAGCUCAAGGGGGUGAAAAAGGAAUAAAGAUAGUGCCUAGCCCUGUGUUGUGUGUGAUUAAGUUAUGUGUGACUAUUAUGUGUUACUGUGUAAUGUGUGACUUUGUUAGAUUUCCGGCUAUGUACAAUAAAGGCAACUUUGGCCACCUAUUUUCUGCCCCUUCAGGGCCU